GUUCUGAUGUUGCCACCAACCGGGAUGUCUGGAUCGGCAAGUUUCCGUCCUCCUCAGCCUGUUAAACCCAGCAGUGCCGCGCAUUUCAUCCAGAACAGUUCAGGCACCCUGACAGUGGUGGCGGGCACUGUGUCAAUUAUUGGAUUCGCCCACCAGGUCAGCUCCCACCUGGCCAAGUUGGAGAUUGCGCAGAUAAAGCUACGUGCCGACUUGGAGGUCAAGGCCGUGAAGCAGUGCGCAGCCGCCUAUCGCGUGCGUGCUGACGCCGAGCUGCAGGCCGUCAAGCAGCGCGCAGCCGAAGAGCUGCAGGCCGCGCAGGUGAGCGCCGAGCAGGCGAAGCGUCUGCUGGACACUGUCGUCCACACGGACUAAAGAAGGACAUCGAGGACAAGAAGCAGACAUAAGGUGCUUAAGCUGCGGCGCCCUUCGGCAGCCUCUGGCCCAGCGGCGUGCUCGUGCCAAUGCGCGUGCGCGGCCGUGGACGGCAGCAGGCAGGUGGCAUAGCCGCCGCUGGCUGUGGUGGCGCCACAUGCGAUCCAGGCGCUGCCGCCCACGGUCAGCAGGUGAAGGCAUGCCCCCGCCAUGGACCACGCACGCAGGUGGGCACCAAUCGCGCAGCCUAUGGCGCCAGUCGCAUCCACACGGGCAGCCAGGCGUUGUUGGAUUUGAGCUGGAGCUCAUGGCGCAGCGCGGUGCUGCAUAUCGCGGGACGGCGUGGUCUGUAUGAGUACGAGAAAGACCGCAAGCAUGUGGUGUAGCUGAUUUGCGACCGUGCAAGCGCGGCGCAGGAGGUAGUGGUGGGAACGACCGGGGUGGUCGCGAGCAUCGCUGCAGUUACGGCGUGCUCCACUGUAGGCAUCCUGUCAGGUCCCAUAGCGCCAGUGGUGGUGGGGUUGGUGGUGGGGUGGCAGGCCAACGUGCAAGCACGCAAGGUGGCGCAGAGCGUGACGGUGCAACAAAACGUGCGCUGGGGCGUGGGGGCGGCGGCACAGAAGGCCAAGCAGGCGGCGACGCUCGCGGCUCAGGCGGGCAAGUCGGCAGCUGUCAGCGGCGCGGCAGUGGCGACACAGGCGGCGGUGGCAUCAGGCCAGGCGGCUAUGCUGGCGGCCGGCUCGGUUGACCGGAGGGUGGGCGGUGCGGUUGACUGUUGGUGCAGGCGGCGCUCCACAGCUCCCAAGGACACAGGUGGCGACGACGGGGUCGCGGGUUGUGAGACCACGGACGCGUGGGGUGAUGAGGACGCGCUCAAGCAAGACUAGUGCAGGCCCUUGCAAUGCCACGCGUGUAGCGUUGGUUAUUCCUUGCUGCUGGACUUGUUUGUGAAGUGUUAGUGUUGCGUACGAAAGGCUUUGGCAGCAUGCACUGGUUUCGACCCAGCAGCAUGCGCGCGCGGGUUACAGCACUUUCGCUGGCGGCAUCACUCGCUCAGGGUCACUGGGUGGCCGGCUUAAGGUUUCGCCGGGGCAUCCCACCAUCACAGUACGGCAUGCGUAGCUCCAGUCUGGGGGCUGAGGUUGUGCAUGUACGGACGUACGGUUGUAUGGCUGUGUAACGCGUUGCGGUA